UCGAUAUGGCGGUGGCGAUAUUUUGACGACAUCGAAAUCGCUUUCACCAGGGCUGAAUUGUUAUUAAAAAAUAAAUAAAUGCUUUAGCGAAGUGACGAGAAAGAAACGAAGUAGGCGGUCACAUAUAUUACAUUUUUUUAAAACCCACCGAUUUCAGUAAGCAAAACGCAAGUCAUGGCCACUGGAAUUACCACCAAGGAGCGGCUGGAGAGGCUGAUGGCCGCCAAAACACAGCUGGAGGCUCAAAUUAGUAGAAAUGGACAAAUUUUGGCUGCAAACGACAAUGUGGGCAUGACCGGUCCCAUGAUCGACGCCGAAGGAUUUCCACGCAACGAUAUCGACAUCUACCAGGUGCGGCAGGCCCGCCAGACGAUAAUUUGCCUGCAGAACGAUCACAAAGAGCUGAUGAACCAAAUCCAGAACUUGCUCAAUCAAUACCACAGUGAGAUCGCAACGACCGACCCUGAGCUGGUGAAUCGCGCCUCCGCCUUGGAGCUGGACAGCGAAAGAGGGUUGGGUGGAGCUACUAUCGCGCCUCCCGAUAUUCGCCCCAUGGUUGUAGUCAAUCUAGUCAGCCCCAGUUCCCCGGCUGAAGAGGCAGGAUUGCGCGUGGGCGACAACAUCUGCCGCUUCGGCUCCGUUAACAGCAGCAACUUCAAGGGGGAUUUGGGCCAGAUCGGCGAGGUUACCAGAAACAUGCAGGACCAGAACGUGCAGCUCAAAGUCAUGCGCGGCGACCAGCUUCUAGAUCUGCUGUUGGUGCCAAAAGCCUGGAGUGGACGGGGCUUGCUGGGAUGUAACAUUGUGCUGCCCCCAGAGUCCAUGGAGUACUAAUUUAUCAUUUAAACUUUGAUGCAUGUACAUUUGCUCCAUUUAAUUAUUCAUUCAUGGCCAGGCAUAAUGAACACAGAACAUAAUUGUACUAAAUUGUAAAAAUUGAUUUUAGUUUAUGUGUAGCUUCGUUUCCAAACCUAUCUGAACUUAUUUCGAGUGACCGACGUCCCGGCUUCUGGGUCACUAUGCCAUGAGGUGGGAUGGUCAAGGCGAGAGAGUGACAAGUGCACGAAUGGCCCUAAUUCAGGUGGAGAGGUGAAGCAUAGUUAUUGAAAAUGUAGGACUACUAAGUAUACUCAUAUAUAAUAUUCCAAAAUAAGUGGCAACGACUGACAGGGGACAGUCAGAGAAAUUAAAUAUUUUCAAAUCA